AAGGCUCUCUAUGAGUGCAACACUGAUAUUAUUCCUACAGGAACCAACUAGGAACGAUAUUAAUCGAAAGCGAUGUGGUCUCGUUCAUGUGAAUUAUUCCUGUAAGAUUCAAAUAGGGUUUUGAUAGACUCCCAUAUUAGUUUGUUUAGAUAGUUAAUAUAUUUUGAUUACUCUUCUAACGCCUCCUGUGAAAAAUGGUUGUAAUUCCGUGUUUAAAAGUGCCACAGCGUCACGCACAAAUGUACAGAAAAUACCUACUGUCACAAGGUGUUCUGGACCGCAAGUACUGUGCACAAAAACACCCAGAUGGCACUGUAACCCUUCCAGUCAUAGCAUCUGUUCUGGCACAGCUUGAUCUAGUGGCACUAACAAAAGAUGUCGCACAGGACAGCUUUUGUGAAAUUGUUGAUAUCCAGGCUCCCCCAUUAUCAAAGAAGGAAAAAGUUAAAUCCUCUUAUAAGAUGCUUCUAGAGACUGCACAGUCUAUACUGGUUUCUAAAGGAGAAAAAUGGAGUGAAGAUCUAGAGAGAGACAUUCCUAGCCGAUGGCAAUGCCAUGGAGAUCUUGUCCUGUUUAGCGAAGGCUGCUUUUCUAAUGCAAUAUGGAAAGAAAUUGGAUCUGAAUUCUGGACUGCAGUUGCCCUGGCUUUGGGAGGAAAACGUAUAGCACAAAUUAAAAAAAUCUCCCAGGAUGGUUAUCGUACACCUAUGGUGACUAUGCUUUUAGGAGAAAGCAGCUAUGUAACACACAUUGAUAACCACAUUAGGUAUGAGUUUGAUGUCACCAAGUGCAUGUUCUCUUCUGGGAAUAUCACAGAGAAGCUCAGAAUAGCCUCCUUUGACUGCAGUGGAGAGACUGUGGUUGACUUAUAUGCAGGGAUUGGCUACUUCACUCUUCCAUAUCUUGUACAUGCUAAGGCUGCCCAUGUGCAUGCAUGUGAAUGGAACCCAGAUGCAGUAAAAGCUCUACAGAGAAACCUACAGGUCAACGGUGUGUCAGACCGCUGCACUGUCCAUCCAGGAGACAACAGACAGCUUCCAUUACGUGAUCUUGCUGAUCGAGUGAAUUUGGGCCUCAUACCAAGUUCGGAGGAAGGAUGGCCAGUGGCAUGUCGUCUGCUAAAGAGAGACACUGGUGGAAUGCUGCAUAUUCAUCAAAAUGUCACAACACCUUUGCAUCGUGAACCACUUGAACAUUCAUCUGCUAUCGAUGAUGAAAAAGGCUCUUCUAUGGAAGAGUCUUCUCUGAGGAUCCAGAGGGAUAUGCAAGCGUGGACUGCCUGGGCUUCAGAAACAGCCAGAAGCAUCUGUACACUUUUGUCAGACAUCACUGGAAGCAAAUGGAAGACAAAUAUCAAGCACAUAGAGCAUGUUAAGACAUAUGCACCACAUAUCAGUCAUGUAGUUUUGGAUUUGGAGUGUAAACCUCUCUGAUAAACACAUUCAAUCAUGUAUAAAGUUGUUUUAACUUUUUAUCUUUAUAAUCAGCAAUAAUUAGUUUUACACUUUUCUUUGGGUGUGUGUGUUUGAGAUGCAAAAUUUAGUUUUUGUAGUUAUUUAUAAAAAAAAAAAAAAAAAGAUUUGGCUGUGAUGUGGAAUAUUGUUUAAUUAUGAACACUGAACACUUAUGUACUGUAUGGUUGUCAUGUUCGAAACGCAGUGAAACUUAUUUCAUUUGAUCUCUAACAGAUAAAUAGCAACAUCAAUUUUUAAUUGGCCAUCAAUAUUUAUUUUAUUUACAGGUAUAUGGAAUUUCCCUAAUAUUAAUUAACUGUUGUAUCAUAUACAAUACCAUUCAGAUAUUUAUAUAAAUGCUUUUUUUUUUUCAAAAGUAUUUAAUGAUUAUGAAUUCUGAACUGAUUUGAUCAAAAUACUGUUAAAUGUGCUCAUUUGGUGCUAAAGAACAUUACUUUUCAACGUUGAAAGCA